CAGACAGGAGGAUAUGCAGUCUGUACCAGAGCUCUGCUCUCUCAACAUUCAGAAGUACCUCAUUGUUGAACCGCUGUGGGAGCACCGCAAAAGCUGUGUAUAUACCUUAAAGAGCCGGAUCCCUGAUGACGUUGUUUUCUGUAUCAGUACAGCUGAGUUAUAAAGUGUGAUGGAGCAAACGUGAAAGGAUGGAAAUGUAAUAAAGGUUCUGUUAAUGAAUUGUCAAGAUGCCAGGUAAGGCACUCGAAAGGGUAGAGGCCGUUUCCAAAAGUGAAGUGACGUCAGCCUUGCUACAGUACUUACUAUCACAGUGGAAGAGACCAGUGUUGCAGCAGGACUGAUGUCACCAUCAUUUGGGAAGUUGAACUGAAAGUGCACAAGAUGGAAGAAACCAAGAAAAUUUCAGAUGACCUUGAAAAUAUGAUUGCUGUUUUCAAUGAAUACCAUGUUCUUCCAGAUGUCUUGCCACCUGUUCGAGAGUCUCUGUCCCAAAGAGCAACGUUGACCUCUCCUGUUGGUUUCCUGCAUCGAGAUAAUAGAAGGUAUGCUGGAAUGAGGAGCAUGGAUUCGUCUGAUCGCGAUCGCCCAGUCAGCUACGGUUCUACAUCUUCCUCUGCCUCUUCUAGGGAUAGCCACUGCUCCUUGAGCAGUGGGAUGACUCUGGUCUCCAACAGCCACUUGGGCCUUGCUGGCCAAGAGAAGGAAGCUGGGGCCAUCCGGUUGGAGCUGAUCCCGACAGGGCACUUGUCCAGCACCAAUGAUUGUGCAAAGAUUAAUUUGCCGCGUAUGAAUUCUGGAGAGGUGGAUGAGAAGAGGACUGGAGAUUUUGCAAUCAAAAGAGUUGACUCUAGGGGGUCCCACAAGAAUCGUGCAGUGUCACCGGGAGCAGCGUCUGUAAGACCUGGGCUGCUUUAUGUGGACAGAGUAGUCCAGGAAAUCCUGGAGACUGAGCGGACCUAUGUUGAAGAUCUGAGGAGCAUUGUGAAGGACUAUCUUGACUGCAUCACUGACCAAUCACGGCUCCCACUUGGGACAGAAGAACGCUUGGCUCUUUUUGGAAACAUCAGAGAUAUCUAUCAAUUUAACAGUGACCUGCUGCAAGACCUGGAAAGUUGUGAUAGAGAUCCUGUUGCAAUUGCAGAAUGUUUUGUAGCCAAGAGUGAAGAAUUUCACAUCUAUACGCAGUAUUGUACAAACUAUCCCAGAUCUGUGGCUGUAUUAACAGAGUGUAUGAGAAACAAAGUGCUUGCCAAAUUCUUCAGAGAGCAACAGGAAUCCUUGAAACACUCCCUACCUCUGGGAUCCUACCUUCUUAAACCGGUGCAACGCAUCCUAAAGUACCAUCUCCUCUUGCAUGAAAUAGCUAACCAUCUGGAGAAGGACACGGAGUGUUAUGAUGUAGUGCAGGAUGCCAUUGACACAAUGCAAAGAGUGGCUUGGCACAUUAAUGACAUGAAGAGGAAACACGAGCACGCAGUUAGGCUUCAGGAAAUACAGAGCCUGCUGACAAACUGGAAAGGUCCAGAUCUGACCAGCUAUGGAGAGCUGGUCUUAGAGGGGACAUUCCGUAUACAGCGAGCCAAAAAUGAACGCACUUUGUUUCUUUUAGAUAAACUUCUUCUCAUCACUAAAAAAAGAGAAGAGACUUACACCUAUAAAGCUCAUAUUUUGUGUUGUAACCUGAUGCUUGUGGAGGUAAUUUCAAAGGAACCCUUGAGUUUCAGUGUCUUCCACUACAAGAAUCCUAAAGUGCAGCACACAGUACAGGCUAAGUCAACACAGGACAAGAGGCUUUGGAUUCUUCAUCUGAAGAGGCUUAUUCUUGAAAAUCAUCCAGCAAAGAUUCCAGCCAAGGCAAAACAAGCAAUUCUGGAGAUGGAUGCCUUGCAUCAUCCUGGCUUCCACUAUAGCCCAGAGGGCGAGAGAAAGGCAGAUGCACAUGUGAAGGAAGACAGAAUCGCAACUCGUAGAGUCCGAAGGAAGUCUGAACCAUCAGCAAGAUUGAAGUCUGCUAAACAAAUGGAAAGAAGACAAGACAAGCGUGCCAGUAUUGAAGGGUCCCUUCUUUCUCCAUCAAUGGAAAUGUUAUCUAGUAAAGGAUCUUCCAGUUCCAAAUGUGAAAUCAGUGCACUUGGUCAUGGUGACACAGUCCACCAAUCACAGGAGUCCUUGGUGCCAGCUUAUCCAAGUGACCAUGAGGAUAGUGUCCAGCUACGCACCUUGGAGCAGACUGAUGCUGAUGAUGAAGAAGAAGUUGACAUUGAUCAGGUGUCUUCCAAAUCCUCAACUGAUGAGUCUCGACUGCUUGACGUUCAUCUAGAAUCUUGGAACUCUCAACCUGUUACCCAAACUGCACGACCAAUUGAAACCACAGACAGUGUGUGUGGACUGCUGGACAUAGAGGAGGUGAGAGAUGUGUGGACUGAGCCUCCCAAUGGACGUGCCUCAUUCCCCAGUCAAGCAUUGCUCCACAGAGCUCGAGGGGGUGACGAUUACCUAAGGUUUGUGACAACAGCCUCCACACCAAACCUCUCUUCCACUCCAAUCCGACCACUAAACCAUGGUUCCGAUAUACCGAGCAACCAUUGUGCUGAGACUUCUGCUCUGGAUUGUCAGCAUGUGCGCACCAAUCUCGGGCUUGUGAGGAGGGCCAGCAGUGCUGGGGAGAGCCACUUGGCUUUCCAACACCGACCGACUGCUGAGAGAGACAGUGAUUUCCUAACAAUACCAAGGGUUUCUAGCUAUCAAAACUCCACUGGCCGAGAUGUCAGCUCCAUAAAAUCUGAACGACUAGACGAGGAAAUACGGAACUUGCAGGUUGCAGUAAACUUGAGAUCUAGCAUGACUGAAGGCAUAUAUGAGCAUGUCGUGCUUGCCGAUGAGAGAUUGGCUGGAGAACCACAGGACUUUACAUGCAGUCCAGGGAAAAUGAGUGUCGCCACUUUCCUGUCGAGUGGUCAAGCUGAAGAGAAACAUCAACGUGGUAACCUAAGCCCCCAUGAGGAUGCUGAGAGCCGAGAAACAUGGGAGGAGAAAGCCAGCUCCAUUCAUGUCACCAAGACUGGCCUGAUGUUAGGCCGGAAUUCUCCACCUUUGCCCAAACAGGAAUUGAAAACUAUCGAGUCAUUGGAUGAGAGGUUUGUGUUGCCUGAGAAAGCAUACAAGAAGCUGAAGAAUGAUUGGGAAGAAUGCAGCAAGAGGGACAGCUGCUUGGCUCCUGACAGUGAUUUGCGUUCUUGCGGGCUGGGGGGUUUUGUUUCUGAGGAGAAUCUUCGGUUCAAUGGCAACGAAGCUCCCAACUGCUACUGCUUGAUGGAGAAGAGUCACUUGGACUGGAACAGCUCCAUUAGUUCUUACUCUGAGUCACGUGAAUCUGUCCCAGACAAACUGUCUGAGGAGGUAGAUGAAAUCUGGAAUGAUCUGGAGGACUACAUCAGGAAAAGUGAGACGACCAAGCGGGACCGUCUGCCUGCAGCUUUCCCAGUCAGUGAGGACGACCUGUGUGGACCAGUUAGCUCCCGGGGCAGUCGGAAGGAAAGGUCACUUGCUUGCUCAACAAAGGUGAGCCCUAGCUUUGUUGAAGCAGUGAAGAACAAAUCUGGCAGAGUGAGCACUAGUAGUGUCAAGAUGGAUUACAGCGAGCCAUCACUGAUAACGGCGAGUAUUGCCUCCUCUUUGGAUGGUGAGGCAAUUGAGACAGAGGGUUUAUGGGGCAGUACUAAUGCUGAGACUGGCCAGGAUCUAGACAUCAUGGAUCGAACCAAACGCAGAGUCUAUUACAUGGCCCGGCAGUAUAGCCAAAAAAUCAAGAAGGCCAAUCAGCUGCUGAAGAUGAAGAACACAUCAGAGCAAUCACCCUCUGAUCAACCCAAGAGAAAGUGCAAGGACCUGGUGGCUAUUCUGGAGGAAAAGAAACAAGGCGGUACUGCUAUUGGUGCCCGAAUUGCUGAAUACUCCCAGCUGUACGAUCAGCUCCUGUUCAGAGAGACUCCAUCCAAAUCAUCACCGAGUAUGCCAGUAGACAACAGUGGUGAGGUGUGGGCACAAAAAACUCUGCAAAGCCCAGUCUCCAGUCACCCCUCCCAUGAGCAUUCCCUGGGCACUGAGGACUGGCUGCUACACUCUACCUACAGUAAUGGGGAAUUGGCAGAUUUUGUUGCUUGGCCAGAUAUUCAGGGACUUGCUGCUAAAUAUUCUAUCCAAGAGAAGAACGUGACAAGUGGGCAAUUUCAGAACAGAGGGGUGUUGGCUGGCUCAGUCCCUUCUGUUGCAGCCUGUCCAUCUGUCCCAAUGCAGCAGCGAUGGAGUGCCAUUAUUGUCCCGUCUGGUGGGCCAGACUGCUUGGCACGUGGCUACAGCUCCCUGGGUCGCAGGACGAGUGAUGGUAAGCAACAGGAGACUUCACUGUCUUCUCCAACUGUGUCAAUGAGCCAGUCCUCUGAAUCUAUUGACCAUGCCUCAGACAAGGAGGCAGUAUUCUCUAAACAGGAUUCUGCCUCUGACAGACUGCAUGUUGGGAGCCAAGAAGUCGAGGAGCCAGCUCUGACUUUACGGGACUCGGAGAAGAUUGUUGUAGUUAACAGGGUUCCGCCAUGCGAUCCCCUACUGGCAACGCAGAACUACUUUGCCAAUUUCAAUGACACUGGGGAAGAUGAUGAAGACUACGUGGAGAUUAAAUCUGAGGAUGAGGAUUAUGAAGACUUAGAUGAGGGAACCUUCACUCAUGACCUGAGCUUGCAUUUUAAUGGCAAAGCAGAAUCGACUCCUGAUCCUGGCAGCGCUCGUUUGGCUCAUGCCUCCUGUAUCCCACUGUCAAAUAGCAGUGCGGUGGGCUCUUUAACUAUGUUGGCAGAGCCUGAUCAGCUGAGCCACUAUCUGUGGCGGGAGCCCUCUCCCAGCCAGCAGAAUAUUGUUCAGACUCUGCGGGACAAGUUUCAGUGUCUCAGCUCCAGCAGCUUUGCUUGAACAUUUGGUCCCGGUUCGAAGACUGAAGAGAGAUAACAAGGAAACCAUAACACGUUAACUGUUUGCAAGCACCUCUUGUAGAUUUCCAGCUACCCUGCCACCAUUCUGCUAUUGCUGUCGAAGUCGGCGAACCUUUUGUGUCAAAUAGUAUCUAGGUUGUGGCAAUGAACAAGUUUUGGAAAUGCAAAAAAAAUGCAAAUAGGGUUUAGUUUUGUGUAAAAACAGGAACCAGUGGCAAAAGUGACCAGGAAAUGCAUAUGUAUCUUGCAUGCUAUGAGGAGUAUAAGUGCUGGGGGUUGGAAGAUUUGAUCCGGGGUAAUUGGCUGCCUGUAUCUGAUCCAGAUCUUUUAUGGACUCCAGUCUCACUCAGGAUGUCUUUGUUUUGAGUGGGGAAUGAUCUGUACACAAGAAUGAUCCAAUCUGUCCGAGUCCUAACCUCGGAGACUGAGGGCAUUACCGCUUCACACAUCAAAUUGCAUAAACCAUAAAUGGAGCUGUUUGGGCAAAAUUUCUUCUCCCUGUCCAGCUAGCUAUGGGACUAUUAUUGAAAUUGAGUGGUGGAAAGAGUGGCUAGUGUGAACAAUAUGAUGGGCUUGUUGAAAUUUGUCAAAUGAAAAACCAGGUUAAAGAGAAAGAAGACCCAGCCCUCAUUCAGUUUGCCUGUCGUUUCUCCACAGACCAUCGAUGUAUUGCCUUUUUGUUUAAAAGGAAAAGACGUUAGAGUUCAGAAUUUUGACUGGUCAGUUACCAGCUGGAAAAGUGACCACAUGAUAUAACUGGAGUCCGACCAUCAGCCUGUUGGUUCUUCACCCCCUGUACGUUUCCUGGUUUCCUCUGUGCUAAACCUCCACCCCCUUGCCCCUGCCCAUCACCAGUUGCCUCUGAUGUUAUUGCAUCAAACCGAUUUGAUUCCUCCUAUCGCAGCACUAAUGCUAAAUGCCUUCAGGCUUCUCUUACUUGUGCUGAGCUAGUCAUCCUUUUCGAAAGAGCAAACAUUGAGAAACUGGGAAAUUCAACAGGUUAAUUUGCUCAGAUGAGGAGAAGAUGAAAGACAACAGCACCUCUGCUCACUUGUAUAAAGUGGAAAUUUGCAUAAGCACUCUGUUCUUUGUGAGUUGAAGAUAGUCAAUGAUUUUAGUGGGGGCCAGGGUAAGAAGGGGUGGUGACUGCUGGGGAAGGUAUUGACAUUGGGAAUUUCAGAAAGCGAUAUUGAUACCCUAUCAUGAACUAUUUACCAACUAGACAUUUACUAUAUUGCUAGCCUGUAUUGGUAUCAGUGACUUUUUUCUGUAAUGGAGCACAGAGUGCAAGGUAAGAGGGUGGUACUGCAGAUUAUGGUAACUAAUGAAGGAAUGCACUGAUUAAAAAUCAUGUACUGAUUACAUUGAUGUAUUGGUCUCUGUUUGGAGACUGGGAGUUCCAAUCUUUCUCACUUGAUUCUAUACAUUCCACAUGGUUAUUUCAUGGUUAUAGAUUUUUACAUAGACUAUUGGUUGUGAGUAACUAGAAGUUGUUUCAAUUGUUGAAUCUUUUCAUCUUCAGCUUAUUAAUUAUUCUGAGACUAGAUGUAAACUUGUUCACAGCCCUUUACUCAGGUUCCACUUGCCUCCAUUCUAGUUCCACAGACACUGACCAUUUCUGCUGGUAUCAUCUUCAUCCGAUUUUUCACUAUAAUCGCAAAUAAGAUCUUGAUGUUCAGUGAAAGAUGCUGUUUGGGAUCCGAGAUCAAUUGGAAAGUGUUCAUCGUGGGAAACAUUGAAACCCAGUAACCUGUUCACAACAAAUGGGCAAAUCUAGAUCUAACCGCAGUCCAAUCAAGUAUUGCAUUCAGACUUUGGCAAGCUGUUUGUCUAGUCAUUUGUGUGGACUUAAAGUGCUCAGAAUACAGUAUCUUAAUAUAAUUUGACACCCCACUGUUUAGAAAUCCCGAGUCUAAGGUUUGUGUCUCUGGAUCACAAUUUAAUUGAUGCUGCAGUAAAUUUAAUCAAUUCUUUUUGAAUUCUCCCUGUCUCUACAGUUAAUUGAACCAGUAAUCUUUUUCAUUUUAGUUGGCAGUGGGCUUCAAAUCAGUCACUCAUUCAUUCAUUAUGAAUUUGCACCAUAGGUUUAUUAGAGAGCCGUGUACUGUUUUGAAAUCUUAUAGAAUAAGCCAUACAUAAGGUGCCCAAAAGAAUUUUAUAGAUCUACACCACAUCUACUCUAUAUAUCUGAACAUCCCUGAGAAAACUAUCAGGGAAAUUACCUCCUUGUUUAUAUCUCUGUGCCUCCUUUUCAUAAAACAUAAAUAAUAGCUGUACACUGAACCCAGCUUCAGGUAACAGUACCGCAUGUGACUAGGAUAUGAAUCCCAUUGCUUGGUCUUCCAUCACAAAUUUGCCACUUCCUCACUUGACUGUUCAUCCAUAUUGAAAACUGGACAAACAAAUGGUGAGUUUAUUUUUGAGAUACAAGGCUUCUAAUUUUAAGCAUCAUGAGAUGCACUUGAUGUAGCAACUGAAGUGAGGGUUUAAUGACUUCUAACCUUGAAAGUCAGUGGAUAGUAACAGUUCACAAAAUAUAGUUAGAAACUUUAAAAUUUCAUAUCAGAAAUUUUUAGUAUUAGGUUAAUACUUUGCAAUUCUCAUUCAUUGCAUAUUAGCUCGAGUUAAUGAAUUAAAAUGAACAUCACUGAACUGGAGAGGGGAGAUACUGAUGUUUAUAUUCUGGAAAAUUAUUUCAGAAUUCCCUGAGUUACCAGUUUAAUUUCCUAAUAUCAUUCCUUUUUAGAAGCUAUAUUGUACAAAUCACAUUGCCAGGAAUUGAUCUGCAAUGGUAAGGGAUUAUAAUGAAAAUCACUUGCAGUUCUGACAUGUGGUACUUGAAGGUAAUUUUUUUCCAGUGUUGAAACUGAAGUGACUGCUGAGAUGACCAAGUUAAAUUUAAUGAAAAAAACUCUCAAACUGAGGUUGUGAUGACUUGUCCUGUGGACAAGAGAUUGAGCUGAAUAAUGACUUCCAAUAAAAAAAAUUGCACUUUUUAUGGUUUAUUUUGUAAAAAUUUCUGAAUGUUGAACAUGUAGCAAAAUAUUUUUUAAAAAUUGCUCGCUUAAUUAAUUUUACUUUGCUCAAAGAAAAGCUGAGCCUAAUGCAUGCCAAAUUUACCAGGAAUAGUUCUAAAAUCUCAUUUUAACUUUUUUAUAAUAUUGUUUUCUGUCUGGAGGAACAUCCUCCAUGUACACUAUACAGAAAUGAUUCAUUUGAAAUAAAUAACUGAAGUCUU